AUGAUGAAGGGAACAUCGUCAUUCGGAAAGUGCCGCAAUAAGACGCACACUCUGUGCCGUCGCUGUGGGUCUAAAGCCUACCAUUUACAGGAGUCCACCUGUGGCAAGUGUGGAUACCCAGCUAAGCUCAAGAGAAAGUACAACUGGACUGCUAAGGCCAAGAGACACUAUACCACCGGCCCUGGCUGUACUAGAAAUUUGAAGGUUGUGUACCGCAGGUUCAGGAAUGGAUUCUGUGAAGGUACAACACGUAAACUCAAGAGAGUUGCUGUUGCAGCUUCCAGCUUCUCUUAA